AUGGGGCGCGGCGCGGGGCGUGGAGGAGUGCGGAGUGGGGGCAGCGUGCGGGCACCCACGCUGGAGAAGGCCGCAGCGGCCAGAGAAGGCGAGCUGCGGGCAAGCGACUCGGUGGAUGCACCAGUGGCGGUCGCAUGCGUCGGUGAAAAAGGAAAUGUCGUUGUCUUUUCGAGAAACCGUGAAACACUUAAGAAGGGAGGAAGGGGAAUAGGUAAAUGUCCUAAUGUUACAUAUGAAAUGCUUAGUGAAAUGAGGAAGGAAAUUAAAAGGUGUAAGAAUCUGGUGGAAAGAUCCAAGUCAAGAACUAUUUCUUUGCCUAUUGCUCCUUCCUCAAGCAAUACUGUUGACAGCAACAAGAGAAACAAGAGGGGGCAUGUUUCUGCAUUGGAAAAAGCUUGGGCAUUGGAAGACCGUAAGCACUUGGAUGCUUUAAUUAGUAGAGCAAUUUAUUCUGGAGGGGUAUCUUUCAAUUUUCUGAGAAAUCCAUAUCUUCGAGAAGCCUUUACCUUUGCUUGCAGCUGCAACAUGCAAGGUUAUGUGUUUCCUAGUUACAACAGAGUUAGGGAGGGACUUCUGAAGCAAGAAAGGAGGCACAGAGAGACUUUGUUGGGGAGCACAAAGAGCACAUGGGCAAAGAAGGGAGUCAUAAUCUGCUCUGAUGGUUGGUCAUAUCCUCAGAGGCGACCAAUCAUCAAUUUUGUUGUUGUUUCUGACAAGGCACCUAUGUUCUUGAGGGCUAAUAAUUGUGAAGGUCAGUACAAAUCAAAAGAAUACAUUGCUGAGAAGUUGAGGGGUAUAAUUGAAGAAGUAGGUCGACAUAAUGUAGUACAAAUCAUUACAGACAAUGCUACAAAUUGCAAAGGUGUUGGUCUCAUAAUAGAAUCUGAGUAUGAUAACAUAUUUUGGACACCAUAUGUUGUGCAUACCCUCAAUCUUGCUAUGAAAAGUAUAUGUGAACCUAAAAUAGGAAACAACCCUUCUGAUGAAGAAAUAUUUGCUUGGGGGAAACUUGAAUUUAUACAUGAUGUUAAAACUGAGGCCGCUAUGAUAAAGAAUUUCAUAAUGAAUCAUGGCAUGCGGCUUUCAAUGUUCAAUGAGUUCAGCCGUUUGAAGUUACUUUCUAUUGCUGAAACUAGAUUUGCCUCUGUUGUAUGUAUGUUGAAGCGGUUUGUUGAGGGCAAGCAAGAAGAUGAGGAGUCAAGUCUGUACUCCGUUAUUUAUGACAUAUUGAUUGCUAGGUGGAUAAAAGGAAAUAAUCCACUUCAUUGUUUAGCUCAUUCACUUAAUCCAAGAUAUUAUAGCAAAAAGUGGCUUGACGAAGGUGUUGGCCGUGAACCACCCCACAAGGAUAAAGAGCGUGCUGAAGAUUUGGUCUUUAUGCAUACAAAUCUAAGGCAUCUGUCAAGAAGAACUAAUGCAUACAAGACAGGAGAAACAAGGAUGUGGGAUGUAGGAGGGGAUUCUUUUGAUUCACUUGGUGGUAUUGGCAUUCUUGAAGUGGCCGACCUGUCCCUUGAUGAACCUGAAUUAGAAGCUCUGACUUUUGGUUUGAUUACUCUGCAGGUUGAUGUUGCGGAUGAGAAUGAGACAAUUGAGGAAUAG